UCCAGGCUCCCGUCUCUGCGCAUCCCCGAACCCAGCGCCCUGCUAUGGCCUUCCUGGAAGCGGAGGGCGGCUGGAACGUGUCCUUCGCAGGUGCGGGGUACUUGGGCCUCUACCACGUGGGAGCCACCCAGUGCCUGCGCGAGCGCGCGCCGCAUCUCCUCCAGGGCGCCCGCCGUCUGUAUGGCUCCUCAUCCGGCGCUCUCAACGCCGUGAGCAUCAUCUGUGGCAAGUCGGCAGACUAUUGCUGCUCCAACCUCCUGGGCAUGGUGAAGCAGGUGGACCAGCUGAGUCUGGGCAUCUUCCACCGGGCCUAUGUGCCCAUAGAAUACAUCAAACAGAGACUGCAGGACACUCUGCCCAGCGACUGCCACAUCCUGGCUUCCCAGAGGCUGGGCAUCUCCAUGACCCACUGGCCUGAUGGCCGCAACUACAUAGUCACUGACUUUGUCACUCCGGAUGAGCUUAUCCAGGCUCUUGUCUGCACUUUGUAUUUCCCCUUGUACUGCGGGAUGACCCCCCCUGAGUUCAGAGGGGAGCGCUACAUUGGUGGGGCUUUCAGCAACAACCUGCCCUUGGCAAACUGCCCCUCCACCAUCACUGUCUCUCCCUUCCACGGAACGGUGGACAUCUGUCCCCAGAGCAGCUCGGCCAGCCUGCACGAGCUGAACGCCUUCAAUGCCAGCUUCCAGAUCUCUACCAUGAACUUCUUCCUGGGGUACAUAUCCCUCUUCCCCUGCAAACCUGAGGUAGAGCCCUAAACCCUGGCUGACCACUGCAGACAAGGCUACCUGGAUGCUCUGAGGUUUCUGGAGACACGGGGACUUACCAAGGAGCCAGUGCUGUGGUCGCUAGUAUCCAGGGAGCCUCUGGCCCCCGUGGAGGGGCACUGGGGCACUGGCCAUUACCAAGGCUGGAAGACUGGCCUGACAUUCAGGUGGGACAUCUCUAACAUGCUGGUCAAGGAUGUACCUAACUUCGAGCAGCUGUCACCAGAACUGGAGGCUGCACUGAGGAAGGCAUGCAAACGGGACCCCUGGGCUCGGUUCCAGUGUUCUGUGCCCGGCCGGGCCCUGACCUACCUGCUGUUACCGUGCACGCUGCCCUUUGAGGAUGUCUACUUCAGGAGCAGGAGGAAGCUGAUGCUGUGGCUGCCCGAGAUGCCAGCUGAUCUGUGCUGGAUGCAGGGUCUGCUAAAGAGUGCGGUCUUCGAGGUCUACUCCAGGGUGAGGACCCAACUCCUCAGACUGGGCAGCCCGCCAGUCACCAGCACGGAUUCUGGUCCCUUCCAGCCUCGGACAGCUGCCUCUGAGAACCCGGCUUUGAAGUUUAGCCCCUCCGAUCAUGCACAGUGCUAGGCUGGCCAGUGUGUGAGGCCUGAUGGGCCCUGGCCUCAUUCAGUGUAGUGUCCGUCCUGGCUGUGGUGACUCUGGAAGAUGGCCUGUGUCAGGCCUCCCCCCGAGGAGCUCUGAGCCUGAUUUCCAGUUCAGGAAGCUGGCUGCCCUGUGUCCGGUCUUCCUAGUGUAGGCUGCCUGCUAAUGUUGUGGAAAGUGAUCCCUCUCCUAAGACCCUGGGGGGGUGCACACUUUUAUUUGGAGUAGGUGUGGCCUGUCUGGAUGCCCCUGGUGCCUAGGUGUCUUCCUCCUCUCUGAGCAUCUUGUCAGGGAAGGAAGGAUGGAAAAAGCCAAGGCAUGUCUCAGUUUUGGAUGUCCACAUGGGGGUCAUGGAGGGCACAGGCACCCAGCAGAGGCAUACAUGUCUCAAGCUGUGUACAGAGAACCUGGCAGGAACUGGAACCAGUGUUCCAAUGCCCAGAUCAGGGGAGUCACUGCGGCACCAGGGCUGCCCCACCCUUUCUCUGAACUCUCCUUGCACUGUCCUGGGGGUGAGCCUGCGACCCUGUCACUAGGCAAGCCUCAGUCUCUUACCCUACCUGGGCCCCACAUGGGCACUUACCAGGAGUGGGAAGGCGGCCAGCUGGGGUUCCCUUUUACUGGGAUCCUUUGCAGGGGUUUCUGCUGGGGUCAUAUCUCAUUGGCACUGCAGCCUGGCCCCUCAGGAGGGUUUCUGGGUGCCCCACAUGGCAUGCCAAGCCUCCUCUGGCCUCUCCUGGGAGUCCCUGUCCUUCCCGUCCCUGCAGAGUCCACACUGUGCUCCUGGCCAGACUGAGAGGACAGGGCCCAAGUAGAGGUGGGGACUGUGGAGGGUAGAGGUACCUGUAGAUAAGAGACAGAAGAAUUGUGAAUGAAGAGAUGGUGUGUCAUUGAUCAUCUCUCCAUCCAUCGGUCAUUCAUUGAUCAUUGAUCAUUCAUCUACCAUUGAUUCACCAUUUAUCAUUAAUUUACUCUUUCAUUAAUUCACCAUCCAUUCACUCAUUAUCCAUUUCCAUCAUCAUCCAUCCUUUAUCCAGCUAUCAUUAAUUCACUGGUCACUUAUUGAUCAUCCCUCCAUCCAUCCCCAUCCAUUCAUUUUCAUUCAUUCACAUGGUUCUCAGGAACAAGUUGUGAACAAACCCACUUUGAGCAGCACACAGGGAAACGCCACCCUGAGCCCCUCCCAGGAGUGGCUGUGCUUUUAAGAGAACAUGGCAGGUGAGGAUGGGAAGCCGAGGGAGCCAUGCGGCCAGGUGGUCAGGAGACCUGACAAGAGACCAAGAGCUUUGCAAAGAGAGGCAGCAGCAGAGCAGAGGCCAGGCAGAGAGAAGGGUGCGUCUGUCACAGCAGCCGGAGUGGGCAGAGGGUGGAGGGUAUGCUGAGAGUGUGGGGAGGCUGCGCCAUGUCACCAAGGGGUUUGGGCAGGGGGACCAAACAGUGAGUGAAGAGCCAGUGCCUGGUCAAGGUGGUUGUGGUUUGGAUGACAAGCACCCCAUAGGUUCAAGUAUCUGAACACUCAGUCACUUGGUGGCACUGUUUGGAGAAGGUCGUGAAGCCAUCAGGAGGUGUGGCCUAGCAGGAGGAGCGGCUUUGAGAGUUCACGGCCUUGCCCCACCUCCAGCUUGCCCUCUGCUUCCUGCUCCUGCUUGAGGAUGUGAAAGCUCCAUUUUCUGCUCUGGCUGCC